UCCGCGUGGUACACACAUGUGUGAACUGUGGAUUAGAAAAGUCUGAAAAGUGAAAAGUUGUUAAUUAUAGUUGAGCCCAAAUGAGUGACACAACUAUUCCUUCAGUGGUCUCAAGGGAUGGCUGGUUCUCGGAGAUAAAUGACUUAUGGCCUGGAGAGUGUUUCUCUCUCAAAGUGGAUGAGAUAUUGCACCAAGAAAGAAGCCAGUAUCAGGACAUUAUGAUCUUUAAAAGUAAAGCGUAUGGCAUGGUCCUGGUCCUUGAUGGUGUCAUACAGUGUACUGAGAGAGACGAGUUCUCAUAUCAAGAAAUGAUAGCACACCUACCUCUCUUCUCUCAUCCCAAUCCUAAGUCGGUACUGAUCAUAGGAGGAGGAGAUGGAGGAGUAGUGAGAGAAGUUAUCAAGCACCCCUCUGUUGAACAAGUUCAUCUUUGUGAAAUUGACGAACGUGUUAUUGAACUGAGUAAGAAGUACUUACCUUCUCUCUCCUCUGCACUUUCAUCUCCUAAAGUGACAGUUCAUGUUAAAGAUGGUGUAAAGUUCUUAGAAGACCAUGUCAAUGAAUUUGACGUUAUAAUAACUGACUCUUCUGAUCCGAUAGGCCCAGCAAUUCCUUUAUUUGAAAGACCUUAUUAUGAGAAGACAAAGAAUGCAUUAAAAGAUGGUGGGGUCCUCUGCUGUCAAGGUGAAUGCGUGUGGCUUGAUUUAAAGCUCAUUUCCAGUUGUAUGUCACACUGUCACUCCGUCUUUCCUGUUGCAAGCUAUGCCUAUACAACAAUACCAACUUAUCCUUGUGGACAGAUCGGAUUCUUCUUGGCUAGUAAAGACAAGAAUAUGGUGUUUGAGGAACCAACAAGGUGUGUGAGUGAUGAAGAAGUGAAGAGAAUGAAACUAAAAUAUUAUAAUGCAGCUAUUCACAGAGCCUCAUUUGUUUUGCCUCAAUUUGUAAAGGAGGCAUUGCCAAAUUGAACAUGUAUAGCUAUCUCUGUUGUUUGCCAAUUAUAAUUUUGUGGCUUCUUCUCUUUAUUUAUUAUCACAAAGUUUUCUCAUUAUAAUGUA